AUGGCGAUCACCGGUGGAAAGUUUGGCGGUAGCGCCCCGGGGCCUGUAAGCCAGGAGGGCGUGCUGACGCAGGGUCUGCAGUACGCAGAGGAUGCAGCGGAGCAUGAGAACAUGAAGGCAGUGCUGAAGAGCAGCUUGCAGGGCUGCAGUGACAGUGGAGCGUCCACCGUGCCAGGCCUACGUACACGCACCAGAGCCAGCAGGCCAGGCCGUGUGGGUCCUUGGGGCUCAUCAGUGAUUGAAGACCCACCUAAUUGCACAGAGACAGACGCUGCAGAUGAGAUCAUGGAGCGCAUCGUCAAGUCAGCCACUCAGGGGCCCAGGACACGGACAGAGCCUCGCGAGAGGAAGAGGUCCAGAGCCAACCGCAAGUCACUGAGAAGAACACUGAAAAACGGUCUGACGCCAGAGGAGGCCAAUGCCUUGGGGUUGUCCAGUGGUUCAGAGAUGGCUGUGUGACAGGAAGAGAAGUAGAGCUGGAUCCGGCAGCACAGCACACACAGACACCUGGGAAACCCUCUUACCGCCCGCCCCGCCCUUCACUGACCCCUGACCUCUAACCCCUGCUCAUCCAGCCAGCCAGUCAACCGCUGCACCAUAGCUUCGCUUGGUCUUUCCCCUGGUUCAGCUUUAUGAUGACUGUAGCUCACCUUCCUGUCUGUGGUUUUUGCAGGGAGCUGUGACACUGUGUUCCACCUGGUUAAGAUGGUAAACAAUGUUCAGGAAGAGACCAUGAGGAAUAUGGUCCUCAUCCAGAAUAAUAGAUGGUUUUCAGUGGAACAGUGGUAUUAGUAUAGGGGCAGUUAAAGGGGUUCAGUGAUCCAGCUGACUCAGCUCCACACACACACACUCAGGUAAAGUUCAGCAUCCAAACCACUACACUAUGCUGCUGUGCCGACUUGAGUGUUUCUUAAUGGUGUUGUUCCAAUCAGUUGUUUCUCCUAACCUUUGAAUAUGAGGCUGAGGCCUUUGAGGAACAGCUCACAUCCCAACUGUAAGUCUUAAUCACUUGAUGAAGCCCACAGUGACCACAUGACUAGUGGUGAAUCUCAGUUGUAUUUUCUUGAUUCCUCGUGUCUUCUAUCCUCACCUGUCUACACAAGGCAUUGGAGGACUAGAACUGAGGUUCGUCCUCCCUAACCUUUUCCUCAAUUGAGAUUCACCCUAUGACUGAAAGAUACAAACUGAGACUUACCUACACAGAAGACAUUUAGCCUCAGGACUUCUAAAGGGAGGGGCAUGCGAGUGCUUGAAUCACUGUGGACUUGUGUCUGAACCAAAAAGGCCUCGGAGUUGAAUAGUAAAGAAGUUAGCAUUGACGCUAAAGAAGUUAGCAUUGAUGCUAAAUAAGUUAACAUUGAUGCUAAAGAAGUUAGCAUUGAUGUUAAAGAAGUUAGCAUUGAUGUUAAAGACGUUAGCAUUGAUGUUAUCUAUCCCCACUUAUGAUGAGCAUGUGUGUUGGGCUUGGUGUCAUACAGUAUUUUUAGUUCGAACAAUUUUUGUUUAUAUAAAAAAAAAAUGUCUGUGUCCACAGGCUGUUUUGUUCUACUAUACUACUGUGGUAGUUUUUGUGGUUUUAAAAUACUUUAAUGCGUGAGAAAAAGGUGCUCAGAGAAGGAAUAUUUGCACUGGAUGUAGAAGUUGGAUGUUUAGAGGAAAGGAAGGGGAAAUCCUUGACACACACUGAUGUACCAAUCAGAUAUCAGAUGAAUGAAAGAAUCCCCCAGACAGAACCAAUAAUGAAACAGUAGCACAACUGAUUAUACACUCUAAUUUUAGAGGAAAAGUGAACAGAUUCCGUUGACUUUUGCAAACUAAAAUGUUUCCAAUUUUG